CCGGCCGCCCCCCGGAGCCGGGCGGAAGUCAGCCCGCGCCGUCGGAGCUUAAAAGGCUCCCGCACGCCGCCCAGCCCCAGUGCCGGCGGCCGCAGCGGGGCCAGAGGCAGCGCCGCCAGCCCUGCCGAGGCCGGGCCAUGCGCUGCCCCCCGCCCUGAGCCCCCCUUCCCCGGACCCUUCCCCACCUCCCAGCCGCGCCGCCGGGGCCGGGCUCGGCCCCGCCGCACCCCCGCCGGGCCGGGGAAGGCGCCCGGCGCGAUGGCUCUCCCCGGCUGCCGGGACGGUGCCGCCGCAUCAAGCUGCUCUGGAUUGCAAAAGUGGAGGGGGGAACUGAAACGAAAUUUCCCCUUCCCCCCCGCCAAGCACAGGUUUAAAGGAAAAGAGGACAAAACCCAACGCCCCAAGAAGAAAGAGCGAAAGUCGCGCUAAGCCCCGCUGCCCCCAGCCCGGAGGGAGCCGCAGCGGCCAGAGGAGAGCAAAGCAAAAGAGCCAGGACAGAGCAAAGCAAAGCAGAGCUGAGCCCGGGCCCCGGCGGCCACGGGGGGGGACCUGGCGCCCGGCGCCCAUGCACUUUCCGUCGAGGGAGAAGACGGGUAACCAAAGCGCCUUGUCAAACUGCUGACCCGAGGGGGGAAAUGAGAGGACUGCGUGAGGUAUUGACUGCUGCGGGGAUCGAUACAAUUCGGCUAAUGCAGCGGGGGAUCGGGGGUUAAGUACAUGGAAGGGAAGAGAGGAUCCAUUUGCUGAGGGAGAGCGGGUCGGCUACACCUUGAUACCAAAAAUACCCCCCCUUACCCCCCUCAUCCCCACGGCGGCGAGGUACGAGGCGAGGAUCCAGCAGCUCCCUGCGGACGGCCGGAUCGAUGACACCCUAUUUGCAAACCCGGCCAAUCGAUCCCACUUGGCAAAACGACUGAUCGAUGCCAGCGUGCUCGUAAAGCCCUUUGCAAAACUACCUUCGGCACGCCCCCACACCCCUCCUCGCCUCACUUUUCCUUUUCUUUGAUUUAUUUUUUUGCGUGUUGAGGGGGAGAUCGGCUUUUUUUUCUUCUCCCCCCCCCCUUCAAUUCCACCCGGAUCAGGCCCCUCGCAAAUGGCUUCGUUCCCGGAGGCCGACUUCCAGAUCUGCCCGCUGUGCAAGGAGAUGUGCGGCUCGCCGGCUCCCCUCUCCUCCAACUCCUCCACCUCGUCGUCUUCCUCGCAGACCUCCAGCUCCUCCGGGGGGGGUGGAGGAGGAGGAGGAGGCGGCGGCGGCGGCUCCUCGUCCUGCGGGGGGGGCCCUCCGAGGCGGCUGCACGUCCUGCCCUGCCUGCACGCCUUCUGCCGCCAGUGCCUGGAGGCGCAGCGGCACCCCGGCGCGGGGGACGCGCUCAAGCUGCGCUGCCCCAUCUGCGACCAGAAGGUGGUGAUCUCGGAGCCGUCGGGCAUGGACGCGCUGCCCUCCUCCAACUUCCUCCUCAGCAACCUGCUGGACGUCGUGGUGGUGGCGGCGGCCGCCGACGAGCACAAGAACGGCCGCCCCGUCGCCCCCGGCCCCUCCGCCGCCGGCUCGGCCCCGGGGGUGGGCGGCGGCAACAACCGGCACCACGGCCGCCCCCCGCCGCACCGCUCGGCUCCGCCGGGCUCCUCGCCCGCCGCCGCCGUCUCCUCGUCGUCGUCCUCCUCCUCCUCGUCGUCCGCGGCGCCUUCCUCGACGUCCUCGUCCUCCUCCUCGUCGUCGGGGGGCGGCGGCGGCUCCUCCACGGCCGCGCUGCUGCUGCGGCGGCCGCACAGCCGGCAGGGCGAGCCCCGCUGCAGCUCCUGCGACGAGGGCAACGCCGCCAGCUCCCGCUGCCUCGACUGCCAGGAGCACCUGUGCGACAACUGCGUGCGGGCUCACCAGCGGGUCCGCCUCACCAAGGACCACUUCAUCGAGCGCUUCGCCGCCGGGCCGCCCCCCUCCGCUGCUGCUGCUGCCGCCGGGCCGGCUGCGCCGCUCGCCCUCAGCCCGCCCUACCCCGCCUCGCCCUACAACAUCCUCUCCGUCUUCCCCGACCGGGCCAGCUACUGCCAGCACCACGACGAUGAGGUACUGCAUUUCUACUGUGAUACUUGCUCUGUCCCCAUAUGUCGGGAAUGUACCAUGGGACGACAUGUGGGUCACAGCUUUAUCUACCUCCAAGAUGCUCUUCAGGACUCCAGGACUCUUACCAUCCAGCUCCUGGCGGAUGCUCAGCAAGGACGACAGGCUAUUCAGUUGAGUAUUGAACAGGCCCAAGCGGUGGCAGAGCAAGUUGAGAUGAAAGCUAAGGUGGUACAGUCUGAAGUCAAAGCAGUGACAACUAGACACAAGAAGGCCUUGGAAGAGCGGGAGUGCGAGCUGCUCUGGAAGGUGGAAAAGAUUCGUCAAGUCAAGGCUAAGUCACUCUACCUGCAAGUUGAAAAGUUACGUCAGAACCUAAAUAAGCUGGACAACACCAUUAGUGCUGUUCAGCAGGUCCUGGAGGAAGGUCGUACCAUGGAUAUUCUUCUGGCCCGGGACCGUAUGCUGGCUCAGGUGCAGGAGCUGAAGAAUGUGAGGGGCCUUCUCCAGCCCCAGGAGGAUGACAGGAUCAUGUUCACACCCCCUGACCAGGCCUUGUAUAUGGCCAUUAAAUCCAUGGGCUUUGUUAGCAGUGGAGCUUUUGCUCCUCUGACCAAAGCCACUGGAGAAGGCCUCAAGCGUGCGCUGCAGGGCAAAGUGGCCUCUUUCACAGUGAUAGGCUAUGACCACGACGGUGAGCCUCGCCUUUCAGGAGGCGACAUGAUCUCUGCAGUGGUGAUGGGUCCAGAUGGAAACCUUUUUGGGGCAGACGUCAGUGAUCAACAGAACGGGACCUACCUGGUCAGCUACCGUCCACAGCUAGAGGGAGAGCACCUGGUGUCUGUGAUGAUGUGCAACCAACACAUUGAGAACAGUCCCUUCAAAGUCAUGGUGAAAUCUGGGCGCAGCUACAUUGGUAUCGGGCUGCCUGGGCUCUCGUUUGGCAGCGAGGGAGAUAGCGACGGCAAGCUCUGCCGCCCCUGGGGGGUUAGCGUAGACAAAGAAGGCUACAUCAUUGUGGCUGACCGCAGCAAUAACCGCAUCCAGGUGUUCAAGCCGUGCGGGACUUUCCACCACAAGUUCGGCACGCUGGGCUCCCGGCCCGGCCAGUUUGAUCGUCCCGCUGGUGUGGCCUGUGACAUCUCGCGUAGGAUCGUCGUGGCUGACAAGGACAAUCAUCGCAUCCAGAUCUUCACCUUCGAAGGGCAGUUCAUUCUGAAGUUUGGGGAGAAAGGAACAAAGAAUGGGCAAUUCAAUUACCCGUGGGAUGUGGCCGUCAACGCAGAGGGCAAAAUCCUGGUCUCUGACACGAGGAACCAUCGCGUUCAGCUGUUCGGGCCCGAUGGAGCGUUUCUUAACAAGUAUGGCUUUGAAGGGGCACUCUGGAAGCACUUUGAUUCCCCCAGAGGUGUGACUUUCAAUCACGAGGGCCACUUGGUCGUGACAGACUUCAACAACCAUCGCCUGCUGGUCAUCCACGCCGAUUGCCAGUCAGCACGCUUCCUGGGCUCGGAGGGCAGCGGCAACGGGCAGUUCCUGCGCCCGCAGGGAGUGGCGGUGGAUCAAGAGGGGCGCAUCAUUGUGGCCGAUUCCAGGAACCACCGGGUGCAGAUAUUUGAGUCCAAUGGUAGCUUUUUAUGCAAGUUUGGCACUCAGGGAAGCGGCUUUGGUCAGAUGGACCGUCCUUCAGGUAUAGCCGUCACCCCUGAUGGCAUGAUUGUUGUGGUCGACUUUGGAAACAAUCGAAUUCUCGUCUUCUAAUCUGUGUUUGAAUUAGGAAGAAACUGUCUCAGGGAAAUUCUUCUAAGAGAAAAUGAAAAAAUACAACGUUGAUUCAAACCUACCUCAUCUUUAAUUUUUUUACAGAUGAAUGUACUUAUCUUUUCUGCAGGGAGUGAGCCUGUAAAGUUAAAUUCUAUCUACCUCAUUGUCCUCCCUUCCAUCCCCAGUUUCUCUCCUCCUCCCCGUCCCAACACACUCACAGUUCAGAAAAUUUUUACCUCUCCCCCCAUGGGGUUUCAUGCACAAACGUGUUGCUGUGCACAUUAGGUGGUUUGUGUGGUAUAUUCUGUAGGCUUAAGCCAAAAAGGCGCUAUAAGUUUUUUUUUUUUUUUUAAUGGAGAAAAUGGUAGUAGGUAUUUGUAGAGAAUUUGUGUUCUUGACCAUACUGCAGUUCUGUGGGUGGGGACACGGGAGGGGGAUUUUUUUUUUUGAAUUGCUGCUGCAGCAGAGAACUUUUUCCUGUUCUCCUUUUUAUACCUCAGUGUGUUUGAUUUACUGGUGAGCACAGUGUCUUGUUCCCAGAGACUUUGAACGUUUUGUGGAAGUGAGUGGGAUUUACUCGCCAGGAAGAGCAAGCUUGCAUCUUUUUGGCAUUUCUGUGUACUUUUUCUGAAACACAGUAAUCCAACAGCACAAAGAGAAGCUGAUGAAAAUGCACAAAAAUUCUUUUGAGUUGAAACCAAAUUGUUCCUUCUAGUGGCUUAGUUCAGUUGUCAAAAAGCUUAGACAAAGCAAGGCUUCCUGUAGUGUAACCUGUCCUUGAGUUAUUUCUUUUUAUAUCUUUUCAUCUGAAAGUUUAGUAUUAAAGUCUUUUCUGUUAUCAGUAUGUAUGCCUAAUCUGGAUAAGAAGUUAUGAGGAGCAUUGAAACAGGGAAAAUCAAGCCCUUGAUUUAAUUUUUUUUUUGUGAAAUGACUAGCAUGUUUUUUGGUUUUUUGGUUUUUUGGUUUUUUUUGGCCCUCCCCAUAGGGAGACUUUAAGGGGGAAAAAGUUCAAUGGAUUUGUUAGAAGUGGUACCUAUUUCCAAAAGUAAGAAAUAAGCACAGCUUUGGAGAUUCAGGGUGAGUUUUGGAAAAAUCAAGUCUCUUGUGUUUAGAGGAUUGCAAUAACUAUCAGUGGUGAAACUUUUUUCAUCCUCUGGCUUUCCCAGGGAGCUGGACUGGAAUAGUCCGGAAGCUCUAAUUCAGUAUUUCAGGUGGGGUGAGCCUGUGGCUCCAUGUAGCUCUUGCUACAGAUCCAAAUGAAAAGUUACUAGUUCCAGCCUAAGGCAAAUUAUAUCAAGAUGAAACUUUUUUUUUUUUCCCAGGGCAGUACCAAAGAAUUCUGUGUAAAAAAUAAACUAAUGAUCCUUAAAAGCUUGGAGGCAGGGCGAAAUUAGCCCUUUCAGGGAUAUAAAAAAUGCUCUUUUGAGAAGCAGAAACUUUCUGGGACAAUAGAUAUCUUUCUAAUAAACGAGGGACUUUGAGGCCCUGGAAGUUCUAGUUCUAUUCAAAAUUUUCAAUUCACAUUUAGCUGUUAGUGCAGGUAUGGUCUCUGGAGUUGUUGCUUUAUCCUCUGGAUGAGGCACUUAGUGGCAAUGGUUAAAGUUAGGGAGCAGAGGGCUUUUCUGUCACUCAGUGACAGAAGGAUUCGUGUAUCAGUAGUCUUUGCCUUGGAAAUGCUAUGGGAUUUAUAUUACUGUUUGCAAGAGAAGAUCUCUGAAACAUAAACAUGGUCAAUGUCUGAAGGGCCUUUACCAUCCUCUGCGGAAAGGGUUCAUCCCUUUGCCAACUAUCAUGCACAAAAGUAACCUGAGAUUGAAAGGCUCUUCAUAAAUUUGUGAGAAAUCACAAGGUGCACUUUCCUUCUUGCUGCUUUUCCCCUCCAAGGAGUGUUAACUUUCUGGGUUUUGUAGAAAUCCUGAUGUGUUGCAUAUAGACUUCCUCCACUUAGAGGAGGCUUAAACUUAAAGGACCAGAAAGAAACAGACAAAUUCAAUGAGAUGGCAAAACCUUUUAAAAGAAGGGUGAGGAAAACCACCUAAAUUAAAUAACUGUGCUGCCUUUCAGCCAAAGCCUCAAGGAAGCAAACUCUUCAAGGCAGUAUGUUUCAGCUGGGCUUAAUCUUAGGAUAGCAUGUUUUAAAAACAGUCUUCAAAAGGAUAAUCUUUUAUACAGAUGUCUGUCAUUAAACUUGUGUGGCCACUCAACACGUGGGUAUGAGAGAAACCUAGUUUACCUUCAGCUUCAAGUUCUACUUGUGUGCAUGCCUCCCAUCUUGGGGGUGGCCAACAUUUAUGGCAGAUGUCCGUGUUUGCUUUGUAUUAUUCAGUCCAAGAAUUAAUUGCAAUUUUGGGCUGUGAAAAGUAAUACCUGCAGGAUCUAGAUACCAAAGAAAAUUGGUUUUAAAAGCUUUAAUAUUUAGUUUGCUGUGUCCUUGCAUUUAACCUAUCAUGUCUUAAUGAAAAUGCCAGGUCUAUCAAUAUCUUGACCUGAGUGGCUGUCGAUGUUAGUGUGCUAGAAACGCUCUUUUGCUUUGAUGCUUACUGGGUUCCUUCUCUGGGGCUGGGAGAAGGGAGUUGUUAUCCAGGCCUUUGAAAAAGAAAAGGCUAAGCAUGUGUUCAGCAUUAUUGAACAGAAAUAUUCUUGCCUUUUUCCAGCCCGCACUGUGUAGAAGGUGACAGACAAGUUGCCCUCUGCUGUUUGGUGUGGAGCCAUUGCACAAACCGCCAGUCCAGCUCUGUCAGGGAGAAUGACUAACUUUUAACUUGCUGUCCGCCUAAUUCAGUGGACUUGCUCACAAACCAUUAGGCCUCAAGCGUUUCACCUCAUGUGUUGGGGAGCUUUUUUGUUUUAAAAACACUACUAUUUAGCUACCCAAACUAAUUCCUUAACUUUGUCACAGUGCUAAGCACACUUGGUCUCAGUGAAAAGCAGUAGUGUAGCUUAUAAAAUGGAGUUUUAUAUGCAAUGAAGAUGAGUAGCGAUAAUAUACAAGUUCAAUGCCAACAUCAGACACUUUCUAAAAGUUCCUCAUAGGGUAAGAUGUAGCUAAUGAACAAGAUUCAAACCUUGUUCUGUUUUUUCCAUACAUGUUCUCAUGCUAUGAACUUUCUAAGGUUAAUGGCCUGGUAUAAUAUGUGGUAAAAGUGUACAAAGGGAAAAAAAGCAAGGCUUUGAAGCUUGAUUGCAAACCAAACAAGCCUAAGUGUUCGGAGUAAUCUUCUGAACCGGUGGAGAUGAUGGCCUGGAGAAGGGUAAGGUGAGCUUGUGCCUCUUUCUCUUAGCUCUAGCGUUGGCAGAUGAGAUGUGGGUAACAGACCUGUCUGCUAGAAAUCCCAAAGGAAUCUCACCAUGCCAGGUUAAAACAGUGGCUCUCCGGCAAACUUUUUGCUUGACAAUGUUAUCAGCGGUCAGUUUGGCUGUUCCAGGCUUAGCCUAUGAAACAAUCUUGUCCCUUCUCAGUUAAGCAGGAACUUCAGCCCCAAACCACAGCAGACACAGUACUUGAUAAUGCAGGUCCUUCAGAUAACUCACUCCUUUUAUUUAGAACCUUUAAAUAACUUGAAGCCCAUAAACCCAAACUACAAAGAUUUAGUGAAUGAUGACAACACCUGAAAACUAAUGCGUAUUGGGGCCAGACAUAACCAAGUUGGGAGAAAGAAGAGCAAGGUACUUGGAUGUGGCCUUCCCUUGUAAUUGCAGGAAAAUGGGCCCGGUCUGUUUUGUUACAGUUACACCAAAAUUAAUUUUGGAAGAGAGCAGGUUUAUCGGCUUAUCUGGCCAUGUCUUUGAUCAUAAGAUUUCUGUUCAGUUCUGGUUUAAAAGAAAUUGUGCCAAAGUGUUUUGUUUAUUUUUUUUAAAGGAGUGUAAGCCAAAUGGUGCCAAAAGGUAAGAGGGUAUUUAAAAAUAGAGAUAUUUAGACACAGUUUGGAGCUGUAUAAAAAAUGAACACUGGUACUUGCGUUAGACAAAUAUUGUACCUUUGGUCUUUUGUCCUUGGGAGUUUGAAACCCAGUUUGUGGUACAAAAUGCACAACUAAAGAUGCCACUAUCUAUCUUUUCUCGAAGUUCUACCUCACUUUGCAGAAGUUAAUCAUCUACCUCAAUUUAGCAUCAGACAGGUUUGAGAAAUAAUUGAGAAUCUGCCUGGGGGAAGGAUUCAUCCUGCUUUUUGGACAAGCAUUUAACUGAAACAGAUAUUAAAUGUGUACAAUACGGUGGCUUGCUUUUGUUUUUUGUUUUGUUUUUUCUGCCUGCCCAUGGAAAUACUAAGCUGCCCUUGCUAGAGAAUCUGUAAAUAAAACCAAAUGUUCGUAUACUCUGGCAAACAGGACUGAGAUACCUGAAACACUUGAGUUUGAUCCGUUUUCACUACGAAGUAUGGAAAUGUAACCUCCUUUCAGUAUUAUGACACUACUAGCCGACAUACUUCAUUUAUUUGCAGUGUUCUUAUGUCGAUGAGACCUAAAGGUCUUCUCUCUACAAGAGAAACUUUUAUGCAUGCCUACAAGUAUGUCCUGUUCCUGUGUGGAAAGACUAACGUUAUGAUUGCUGUAAACACAAUGCUGUACCAAAUGCUUGAAGGGAAUAAGAUACUGAUUUUCUUGACUUGGUGAUUGUAUUAGUAGCUUUCUUGACACAAUGGGAUUUUUUCCACCAUGACAAAGCAACCAAGUUCCUAUUCCUGGAGGGCGGUUUAAGUUCAGAUAUUCUCAGGAGAGGCAAUUUAAAACCAGUGUGUUGGGUUUUUACACAACUCUAAUGGCGACACACAACGUGCCCCUUGUUUUACCUGUGGAGUAAAGUUGCAGAAGCACAUUUUCAGAUCACUGUAUUGAAAGAUCUUUGUUCCUCCCCUGCUCACAUUCAGGGGUGACAGAAGCGGGUACAGAGACUCCCUAAUAACGAUAGGCUGUGUUGGGUUUGGUAAAUGUUAUGGUGGAAAAUGUACAUUGAUGUCUCUAAGUGAUCUUACGGGUUAACAAGCCAGAGUGGCAUCUUUUUUCCAUCAUUGUUUAACCAAUAAUGGUUCUAAAAAUGCUUUGUGUACCUGCAUGGUCUUAGACCUUCUAUUAAAUGAUUGUAUCAACUUACAAACUCAGGUAGAUAAUUUUUUAAGCUCUUUUCAUGGAGCCUUACUGACUGAAUGUUAAGUGUCUGUGUAGUGACGUAGUUAAGUAACUUCCUUUUGAGCUACCAGACUAGUUUAAAAAAAAAAAGUCCUUUUAUAGGUUUGUAGAGAACUUUUCAGACGAUGUAGUAGUAUUUUCCUUCAGAGGGAGAGAUGUCUGUUCUGGGUUUUGUUUUUAGUUUCUUUUCUAAAACGACUGAAGCUUUUAACUAGGUUGUAAGGUGUGGUUAGUCACCGAAGUUGGUGGGGGUAUCUUACUGUACGUGACUCUUGUUUGUGCUGUGCAUUACCUGUCAAGUGCUGCUGGGUUGGCGCAGCGAGGGUGUCAAACACGUGCCUGCAGUGUGAGGAGCUCUGGCCUUGCUCAAGUAGAAAUUGGAAGCCUGUGACAAAAUGGAGGUCGUGCACUUGAAACCGGUGCGACAAACUUGCAUUUUCUGCCCUCAUUUAAUUGCCUGUACAUGCAUGGCCCCAUCCUAUAAAACUUCAUUACUAGUGUAUAACUGGUGUUGCCUCGAUGCAGGCUCACAUCAGGAUCCAGAAUGAUUUUGUCAGCCCGUGGAUGUUGGGCAUCCUGAGACAAUUGGGUUUGUGGUUUCCCGUUCUGCUGCAGUUGUUUCUCUUAAGCGAUUAAUCAUGCUGCUCUCCUAAUAAUAAUAAAAAUGUCUCAGCAGGACAGACAGUGCUUUGCUUUUAAUGAGCUGCUCAGAGCUUCUGUAUCUAAUUGAUAAUGAAACAGGCUGUGACAAGAGCUGCCAUGCUCUGGGAAGGGCAUCACAUUUCUACUUGGACAAAAAGCAACAUUCCUGGCUGGGGGAUGUUGAGUACUGCGGCGAGGCAAGCACGACAGGUUAUGUGCAAACUUUUAUGUAGAGUAAGCGAGCAAAAUGUUAGAACUCUUUUUGUGUUAAUGGAGGCUUCUGAAUGUAUCUCUGUGGUCCAUAGGGAAGGCUGAAGGAUGUAGCAAGGAGAUGAUGUAUCAGCUACUGGCAGCCUUAAAACAAAGUCAGUGUCUCUCUGGACUUUAAAAUGUUCCUAUGCAGUUUAUUUUAUUUUUGUUUAAUCAAAUAAAUGUGAUGAGUUUUUUCAUGGCAAA